GUUCGAGCGAUCGGAGAGCUGAGGGGGAGGCAAAAUGGCGGAGCUCGAAGAUGUUACGCUGGACGGGAAACCGCUUCACUCGCUCCGUGUGGCGGAUCUGAAAGCUGCGCUGGAGCAGCGAGGCCUCGCGAAAAGCGGGCAAAAAACCGCGCUUAUAAAGCGCCUGAAAGGGGCUCUCAUGUUGGAAAACCUACAGAGGACAUCCACGCCUCACUCUGGGCUACAGCCCAACUCACAGAUUGGGGAGGAAAUGAGCCAGAACAGCUUCAUCAAACAGUAUUUGGCCAAACAACAAGAGCUCCUCCGACAGAGAAUGGAGAGAGAAGCACGAGAAGCAGCUGAGGCAGAUGAUACAGACAGCCCUACAGGCCCUGAUGAGGAUGAUCAUUCGGAGGCCAAUGAUGAUUCCUUCCUGCCAGAAAAGCAUCACAUUGUAGCAUCACGCCCCCCUCUGUCCCGAGCAGAAGAGGAUGAGGGAGGGGAUCGUGGAGGAGGGUUACCGCAGGAUCCAGGUUUACCUGGAGCUCGUAGGCUGGAUGUGGGCUCAGCAGCAGUAGCCCAGGAACCCACUGAUGCCUCCAGUGGAAGGAUCUGGCGGCCCUCCUUCUCACAAGAAGACGUUGCCACUCCCUCUCCUCCACGAGCAGUUGCCUCUCUUUCAGUCCGUGUGAUUGGUCAGCCAGAGCGGCAGGGACUCGUUGUGCACAGACCACAAGAAAGAGAAGGGACUGCCCCUGUUGAAGCAGGUCCUGCCCAUUCAAUGCCACAGCUAAGUCAGUCUGCUCGAAUGCAGGAGGAGAGUGACGAAGAUGAAGACGAAGAUGAUGAUGACAGUGAUGAAGAUGAUGAGUGGGGCCCUUCGUCUCAAAGAAGAAGGAAUAUCCGUGCUCCCCCUGUGCACAAUCUUUCAGCAUCAACUGCACAACGCUCCAGACGCAAGCUUCAGCCCCCUCAGCACAUCCCUCCUCCACCACAGCCUGCACACCAUUCUCCCCUGCAACUUCGUCAGCCAACACCACCACCGUCUCCACCCCCCGAACUCUCCUUUCCCCUGCCAGACACCCCAAAGCAAAGCCCCCCAGACCAGGAUGAACCAGCAGCUCCAGGAGAAGGUGCUGCAGCUGGAUUGCAUGACUCUUCUUCUCCUCCAUCUCUGCAGAGGCAAGAGUCCACCUCCAGCUCCAGAUCCAGCAGCCCAGAGCCGCCAUCUCAGCGCAGACCUGGACCGCUCAGCCUUCUGGUGCGCAAGAUGGAGUCUGAAGGAGUUUUUGACAAAGGGCAGAAAAAGGAAGAUGAGGAAGAUGGAGAUGGAGCAGUGAAGAUGACUGAACAAAAGGAUGCAAAGGCAGAAGAUCAGAAAACAGGGCAACAGAAGACAGAAGGUGGGUUGGGUGGGCCUGCUGAUGAUCAUGCCACUAGUGGUCCAGUGUUUUCGUCUGGUCAGCAGGAUUCAGCACAAGAGGAGUUGCCCCAAGAGUCUGAACCAGCAGCUUCUGUGGUCCCUACCGCUGAAUACAGUGAUCUGGAGCCAAAGACUGUUACCGAGGAGAAGAAGAAGGAGGAAGGAAGACCCGAGAAACAUGAAAAAGGAAAAAAAGAAAGAGAAGAACUGAGAGAGGAGAGGGAAAAAGACAUCGAGAAGGAGCCAGAAAAGAAAAAGGACAGCAUCCAUUCUUCAUCAAAAUGCCAAAGUGAGGUAUCCCCCAAUCAAGGCUCCUCCCGCUUCCGCCAUGUUUCGCCCACCACAUCUCCACCUGCAGUUACUAAGCGACCACGGAUGUUCUCUGAGGUUCCCCCACCUGAAUGCCUCCUGUCCCCUUCAAAACCAGAACAGGUGUCUGUACUUGUAUCCGGACCACAACAUGCUGAUGUAGAUGUCGCCAUGGAGACUGAGGAGUCUGCAGCGCCUGAGUCCACACCCGAGAAAGUGAAUGACCAAGAAAAGAAGCUCCAGGCAGAAACAGACAAACCAGCAUCUCCACAAGCAGGUAAAGCAGUAGCAGACACUGGAAAGGCUCCUUCUGUGCUUCCUUUAUCUCCACCUUCAGAAGAAGGGGAAGCUGAGAGAGUCAAGGAAAAACCAAGAAGGAGAGAAAAAAACACUGAGCGACACUCCUCCUCCUCCUCCUCCAGUCACUCUUCAUCUUCUGAGUCCGACUCAGAAUCCUCCUCCUCCAGUUCUUCAGGCUCUUCGUCACGGGACAAAUCCAUCCCACCCAGUAAAAAGAAGGACGAAGUGGGAAGAACAUCAAAACCAGUUGAGACAGAAAAGGAGACAAAAAAAUCUUACAGGGAUGUGAAGCAGGCUGCUGUUGCUGAGCCCACAGGCCCUGUUGCUAUGGAGCUUGAGGAACGCCCUGAGUCACAGAGCGCACUGGCUCAACCUGCCCCACAGGGGGCACCAGAGACUGCGGAGUCACGCCCUGAUGAGAGCACCACUACAAAAGCGUUCGCAGCACGCAAGAUUUCUCUUACUAGUACUAAGCCAGAAGGAGCAUCGCUGACUGAGACAGAGUCUGGUGGUGCAGCCAGUAGGAAGAGGAGGUGGGGCUCCAGCACAGCCGUCACUGCCAAGAAGCCGUCGAUUAGCAUCACUACCGAAUCACUGAAGUCUCUGAUUCCAGACAUUAAGCCACUUCAGGAGGCUGUGGUGGAGCUGCAUCCAGAUGAAGGGCGUUUCUCUGGGGACGAGGACUCCAGCCAGCAGGCUGACCGUGAGGAAGACCAGGGGCUUAAGAUUAGACGUACUGUAACACAGAUUGUUCCAUCUGAAGGACAAGAGAAUGGACAAAAGGAAAAGGAAGAUGAUGAAGAUGAGGAAGAGGAGGAGGUGGAGGAGCGCAAACAGACAGAAGCAGAGAAGGAAAAACCCCACAGGAAUCAGAGGAGGGAGAGUGUGUCGGAAGCUGCAAUGGAAACACAAGAAGGAGAACCCAAGAAAGUGACCCCUAAUGAUUCUGUGGUGCGGCGCUCUAUCAGUCAGCAGAAAGUGUCCGUUACUAUUGAUGACCCUGUUCGCACAGGCCGGCAGCUCUCCCCUCCUCGUGGCAAAAUUUCCAACGUUAUUCACGUAUGCAACCUGGUACGCCCCUUCACAUUGGGCCAGCUGAAGGAGCUGCUGAAUCGAACUGGUACCGUACUGGAGGAAGGCUUCUGGAUAGACAAGAUCAAAUCCCACUGCUAUGUCACUUACUCCAGUAAGGAGGAAGCUGUAGCAACUCGAGAGGCACUGCAUGGGGUGAAGUGGCCAUCUAGUAAUCCCAAAGUGCUCAGGGUGGAUUUCUGUGAACAGGACGAGUUGGACUUCCAUAAGGGUUUGCUGCCCGGAGAUGACCCACGAGUCCAAGGACCAGGACCUGUACCACGUCCCGCUGCCCCUCCGCCUCUUAUGCCUCCAGCACGGGAGCGAGAGAGGGAACGGGAGAGAGAGCGUGAUAGUGGUCCACCGGUAGUGAGGGACCAGUGGGCUGAGAGAGAGCGCGAGAUGGAGCGCAGAGAGAGAACGCGCUCAGAGCGGGAGUGGGACAGAGACAAGGUCCGAGAUUUUGGCAGAGAAGAUCGAGAAGCAGGCAGGAGGUCACGAUCACGUGACCGGGACAGGCGACGCAAAGAGAGAGGGAAGAGCAAAGAGAGGAAAGCGGAGAAAAAAGAUAAACCAGAGGAGCCUCCUGCCAAACUACUGGAUGACCUGUUUCGCAAAACCAAAGCUGCUCCGUGUAUAUACUGGCUACCACUCACUGAAGAACAGGCAGCUCAAAGGAAUCUGGAGCGAGCAGAGAGGAUGAAGGAGCGAGAGAAGAGGAGGAAAGAGCUACAGGAGGAAGAGGAUAAGAAGCGUGAAGAAGACAGGAAGGAGAGGGCCCGCGCCCGUGAGAGAGAGGGAGGGAACGCAGGGAGCGGGGCAGGAAGCUCUAGUCGGCCAGCUGAUGGAGAGCGGGACAAAGACAGAGAGAGAGAGAGGGAGCGGGAGAGGGGUAGAGAGAAAGAGGCAGAGAAAAGGAGAGACGGCAAUAGAGGCAGACCCAGUGACUCCAAGCCUGUCGGGGGCAGCAGGCGCUCACGGAGCCGCAGCAACCCCUCGAGGGACAGGCGGCGUUGAGUGUGUAUGAGAGAAGAGCAAUGCAAAUGCAAGCGUGUGUGAAUGUGAGCGCGGCCGUACAUGGAAGAAGUGUGGAUGCCCUGCCCUUUCUUGCCUACUGAGGCCCAGGUAUGAAGUGAAAGUUCAGCCCGGAAAACCCUAUUGUUUGAAGAGUAUACUCUCACAGUCUCAACUCGUUCCUUUUGUUAAAAAAGAAACAUUAUACGUACGCUUUGAAAAGCGUCUCACACACUGUUGUAUCUGCUGUACAUCCUUUUUAUUUCAGGGUCAUCCAAUACUUUCAUUUUUUUGAAGUUUCCGUUUUACCGUUGUAAAAAUGUUUUUUCAGGAUUAAACAUUAGUCACAGUUCUCCUUCCCCUCUUUUCCACUUUCAGCUUGAGACAGGGAUGUGUGUAUUAAUGGCCCUCCAGUCUUGGCUAUUUAACAAGCAGGGGAAACUGAUUUACAUCCCCCCUCCCAAAAUUUUUUUUUUGUUUCUUUUUUUAACAUAUUUUUAUUUAUAAAGUCUAGUUAGAGCAAGCUAUGGCUGGUGGGCAGUAAGCACAGUCCGGUAUUAUGGGAAAUGGAGUUUGUUUAAUUUUUUUUUUAAUAUUUAGAAAUUUUGAAUUUAUUUAUUUCUAUUGACAAAGAUUCCCCUGAACGAAUCGCGUUGGUCACAGAGUUGGCCUAAAUCUAAAGAGGAGGAUUUGGGACUCCAGCCUCACACCCCCUCCUCAGACCCUAACCUGAGUGAAUGACUACUAUGCUGUCUGUCUAAAUUCCAGCUACAGAAGGGUGCUAUUAUGAAGGAAAAACAGUUAACCCCAUCUCAUCUCUCCCUCAUCCUUCAUUGCCUCCAUACCCAUGUCUUCCUUCUCCCUCUGUUCUCCUGUUGAAAUACCUAGUCCCCUUAGUUCUUCAGUAUUGUCUGCUGUGAAUCUGAGAAGGGAGAAAUCUAACCUUUAUAGAGAAAAGAGGAUCAAUACAAGUUUUAAUAAUGUUUUAAAGUUUGUUGUUUUAGUUUGAAAAAGAGAGAAGAAUCCUAUUUGCUUUUUGAUUGUUUAUUUUUCUUCUGAGUAUGCCGAAUGUAUAAAAAAAAAUAAA